AUGGGCGUGGAACUUGCGGUUGCGGGAGAUAAGGAGCCCACGAACGAAGACGAUGAGGUUGUGUCGUAUGUGGAGCCGAAUCGCGGGGUGUACAAGAAGGUGAUUAUCCGCGAUGGCAAGGUCGCGGGGGCGAUAUUGCUGGGCGACGGGUUCACCGCGCCGCGAUUGCUGCAGGCGUUCGACAGGGGUGAGACGCUGCCGCAGAACCGCGCGGAGUUGCUGUUCCCGCUGUCGGGUGAGGCUGCUGUGCUGGAUCUUGCGGAUAUGCCGGAUGACGCGCAGGUGUGCAAUUGCAAUGGCGUGUCGAAGGGGAAGAUCAUUGCGGCGGUGGAUGCUGGAUGCCGCAGCCUGAAGGCAGUGUGUGAUGCGACGAAGGCGGGAACCGGGUGCGGGUCGUGCAUUCCGCGGGUGCAGGCGGUGCUGGAGUUGGCGGCGGACGGGCUGGUGGCGGAGGACCCCUCAGAGCACUACUAUGUGCCGGCGAUAGCGAUGACGAAACCGGAGCUUACUGCUGCAAUCAGGUUGCAGGGGCUUCGGAGCGUAUCGGCGGUGCUGGAAACGCUGACGGGCGGCAAGGAGGAUGCGGCGAGCAAGAUGGGUCUUGCGUCGCUGCUGAAGACGAUAUGGGAGGAUGAGUACCAGGACGAGCGGGAUGCGCGCUUCAUCAACGACCGCGUGCAUGCGAACAUACAGCGGGAUGGGACUUUCAGUGUUGUGCCGCGCAUAUACGGUGGGGUUACUUCGCCCGACGAGCUUCGGCGGCUGGCGGAUGUGGCGGAGAAGUAUGAGGCGAAGAUGGUGAAGAUCACGGGUGGGCAGCGCAUCGACCCGCUUGGCAUACCGAAGACGCACCUGCCGGAUGUUUGGCAGGAGUUGAAGAUGCCGUCGGGGCAUGCGUACACGAAGGCGUUCCGCACAUGCAAGACGUGCGUGGGGACGGACUUCUGCCGGUACGGUGUGGGUGACAGCGUGAAGCUGGGCAUCGAGAUCGAGAAGCGGUUCCAGGGUGUGGAGUCGCCGCACAAGAUGAAGCUGGCGGCGUCGGGUUGCCCUCGCAACUGCGCUGAAUCCACGACAAAGGACCUAGGCGUGGUCGCUAUCGAGGGCGGCAAGUGGGAGAUUUACAUCGGCGGCGCGGCUGGGUCGCGGGUGCGCAGGGGCGAUGUCUUGUGCAUCGUGGACAGCCAUGACGAUGUGCUGAAGUACAUGGGGCGGUUCAUGCAGUAUUACCGGGAAAACGCGAAGUAUCUUGAGCGCACAUACGGGUUCGUGGAGCGCGUGGGCAUCGAGCAUGUGAGAAGCGUGCUAAUCGAUGGUAGCGAGGGGAUAUGCGAGCGGCUUGACGCGGAAAUACAGACGUCGGUGGAUGCGUACAAGGACCCGUGGCUGGAGGCUGAGAUACCGGUGCAUCCGAACCAGUUCGUGAGCGUUGCGGCGGGUAGCUAA